AUGACUGUUGCUAGUGAGAGACAACGACGUGUUGCAGCAAGCUUCACCCGUCAGUACUACACUCUGAUGGUGCAGCAGCCAGAGAAGCUGUCAGCAUUUUAUACUCCACAUGCAACGUUUGAUCAUUUGGGGCAUAAGGCGGAGGGCACUGCAGAGAUUGAGACCACCAUCGCCGCGCUCUACCCCGUGCAGCCAAACGGAUCCGCACAGAUCCACAGUUUGACUGUAGAGACGACCCCUAACGGCCAUAUUCACCUGGCGAUUAAAGGGUCCAUCACGACGGCUUUGAACGUCACGUACAACUUCACACACGAUGUGGAACUCAUCGAGCACGAGACACAACCAGGCAGCUUUGGAAUUGUGAAUGACAAGCGGGAGCGCACUAUCAAAGAAGAGGCACUCCAGCGAUGGGCACUGGAAACACCACCCAUGUUUGCACAAGAAGCUAAAAAGGAUGCGAUGGAGCCCAUUGAACAGCCAGCUGCCACAACAGCUGUGAAGGCCUUAGAGAAGUCUCCAGCUAAGAAAAGCGUUGAACCGCCAAAGAAAGGGGAGUCACCUGCUUCUGAGAAGGUUGCUGCGGUUAACUCAACAGUACCUGAACGUUCUGUAACUGUAUCUCCUGACUCUUGUGCAAACCCUUCUGCUACUGAUGCUACUGUGGAGAAAGUGGCUGUUAAAAAAUUGGAGGAAGAAGGGACCGCCACCACCACCACAACGAUGCCUUCCACUUCUGCCGCUAAUACGGAGGUAAAGAAGCCAAAGAGUUUUGCUGAGGCCAUCCUGAUGGGAAAGCGCACUGGUGGUGCACAGGGACAUGCAGCACCGUUAAAGGUAGUAGCCAAAGGAGGCAAAGAACAGUCCACAGAGGAACCGGUAAAGGAAAAGAAGGAGAAAAAUAGGGAAUCAGCUGCUGUAGCUGAAAAGAACGGUACGAAAGGGGCCCAUAGAAAUGGUACAAGUGGAAAAAAACCGACAGCGGUGACCGCAUCUGCUGAGGGGGAGAAAAAGAAUGGGAAACCCAGCGCUGAAGGCGGAAACCAUAAGGAAGGAUUUAGUAACAGCAACAACAAUACCACCACCAACAAAAAUAAUAACACCAAUCAUAACAAUAAUACUUCUAAUAAUAAUAAUAACAACAAUAACAGAAACAACAAGAAAAAAGACGCUGAUGGUCGAACAUUGAGUCGGUUUGUGGUAUUUUACGAUAUUAUUGUAAAGGGCCUUCCGCAUGACGCGACAGAGGAGACAGUGCGUGAAAUUAUUGGUACAACUGCCCCUGUUAAACUUGUCAACGUUCUUUCGCAGCCUGAUAAGAAAGACCCGGCAGUCUUGCGUACCUUCGCAUUCGUGCAGCUGGAUCACGACGCUAUUAAGGAGGCUGGUGAUGACGUGAAGGCGACAGUGACUAAAAUUGUUUCUUCACACAAGGGAAAGAAGGGUCCCAAUGGACAGCGUUACCAGAUUGAUGAAGUCCGCGAAAAGUACACCGCAGCACCUGCAGAGGCGUCCGCAUAA